GAUGUCUCGAGUGCGUGUGGUUGAGGGGGACGUAGCCGUUCGUCCAGUUUCCCCCACAAUGUCCUGCCCCUCCAACCAAUCCCACCAUCAUGGUGUAGGUUGAUUGGCUGAUCAGGGCAAGUUGUGAGCGGUUUAUGCGGGGAAUUUGCAUGGCACACACAUGUCUCCCGUGCCACCCCAUAUCACAUCAUCCACUUCUGGUUUCUAUUUGUGAAGCAAAUGCUUGGAGGGGUUGAGAAGUAGAGGCAAGAUGAGCACUAGCCUUGCUUUUGGGCUGGAAGCGUUGCGUUGCUCCCCGCAGGUCACAUAUUGGGAUAGGCUGAGGAGAGCAUCAUUGAUUUCCCUUCCACGCUCUGUUCUCCUCUCGCUAACGCGCUCCUGGUUCUUGGAUUCUGCGUACAUAUUAACAACAUCUGGGCCCGCCUUUUGUCUCCUUCAUCUUGGUUCUUGGGCCAGCAUCAGGUGAGGCUAUACAGAAGACGACAUGGUGAAGAAAGCCGUCUUGACCGGAGCGUGUCUCUACACUGCGGGUGCUCUGGCACAGGGGACCUGCGGCGACAUUCUCGUUCCCCGCAACCCUGCUCCGGUUGUUGCCAAUGGCUGGCAAGCACAGCUUGUCGCCGGCGGGUUGACCAAGCCACGAAGUAUCCAGUUUGAUGAAGCCGGUGCUCUGCUUGUUGUGGAGAGCGGCAAGGGAAUCAGUCGUCACAGAUUCACAGACAACGGCGGAACAUGCCUCCACGCCAACCACUCCCACAUGUUGGUUGAGCUCCAGGGUCUCAACCAUGGCCUCGCCCUGUCCAACGAAGGGGACAUCCUCUACGCCUCCACCGCCGAAUCCGUACUUGCCUGGUCGUACGACGCCCGCGGCGGUGCCGUCACCUCGCAACCUCGCACCCUCGUCGCUAACAUGAGCAACAACGACCUCGUCACCCGCACCCUCCUCAUCUCGGAAAAAGUCCAAGGCAAGCUCAUCGUCUCCCGCGGCAGCGCAGAAGCCAACCGCGACCGCGCUGCCGUCCUCUCGUCCGGCCUCUCCCAGAUUAGAGUCUUUGACAUCACCAACCGCUCUGACUCGGAAAGCCCUUACAACUUCAACACCGACGGUGACGUUCUCGGCUGGGGGUUGAGGAAUAGCGUCGGCGUGGCAGAACACCCCCGGACGGGCGGGAUAUACGCCGUGGAAAACAGCGUGGACGGGGUGACGAGAAACGGGCAGGACAUCAGGGAGAACAACCCCGGAGAGGAGCUCAACUUUUUUGGCUAUCUUGAUGAAACUGUCAAGGUUAAUGCUUCUGCCAACAACAACUACGGCUACCCUCACUGCUUCGCGGUUUGGGACCCGAGUGAGAUCCCGGAUGGGGAUGGGCUGGGGGUGGGGAAGCAGUUUGCCGUGGAGGAGAACAGCUCGUUGACGGAUGAGACGUGCGAGAGUGAUUAUGUCGCGCCGAGGUUGACGUUUCCGGCGCAUUAUGCGCCGAUUGAUCUCAAGUUUUCUACUGGGGGCGAGACGGGGUAUAUCACGUUUAGGGGGAGCUUUGACCGGUCCUCGCCCGUGGGGUACAAGGUGGCAAGCAUCGCCUUCAAUGCCGCGACAGGAGAACCAGUGGCAUCGGCUGAUAGCAAGGGGGCCCUGAGGGAUAUCAUCACGAAUGUGGACAACACGCAAUGCCCAGACAAGUGCUUCAGGCCGGUGGGGCUGGCCAUUGACUCCAAGGGGAGAAUUUGGUUUUCGAGCGACUCUACGGGCGAGAUUUACGUUCUGCAGAGGACAGGCGAGAACUCAGAAGGAAAGUUUGUCUUGCCAGAAGGCGGACAAAACGGGGAUGGGAGCGGCAACAAUAAUGGUAAUGGAGACUCAGCUGCGUCCACGGUGUUUGGGUGGGAGACAAGGGUGCUGGGUUGGACCGCGCUUGUUGGGCUGGGGGUGUGGUUGAUGGCUGUGUAAAUGGGGAAAAGAAGGGGUGCCUGUCUUCAUCGAAUUGAUACCAUGAAGAAAUCGUAGCAUUGUACAUCCAAGCGGAUCAAUCCUAUGACAUGCCUCCAGUCAAGGAAGAGAAAGCUAUACAGUUCAUGAGGGAAAACUGGCAACCAUUGUAACAAAAAGUCAUCGGCGGGACGGCUCGGGGUAGCAUUGACCCGGAGUUGAACGAGCC